AUGUCUCAAACACAAACCCUUGUCGUUACUGGAUGUAACUGUGGCCUCGGCCUUGAAUGUGUCAAGCAAAUUCUUUUCGAUCAAUGGACCCAAAUCUAUUUAACUGAAACUUUACCAUCCUUGCUGCCAUCUUAUCACAUUGUAAUGGCUUGCAGAAGUGCCAUCAAGGCACAAGAAGCUCUUUCCUCCAUUUCCAAUGUUCUUUCAAAACAUGAAAAGCAGUUGAAAAAGCAUUCUCAAUCAAGAGCAAGCAGCAUGGUCGAUGUCGACUCUUUACACAGACAUGUCUCGAUUAUCGUUCUCGAUUUAGCAUCGAUUACAUCCAUUCAACAAUUUGUUCAUGAACUCUCUCAAAAAGUGAAAGCACAUGAAAUUCCUCCUUUGUAUUCACUAGUAUGUAAUGCAGGUCUACAACUCCAAAAUGAUGUUAAAACUGUGGAUGGAUUUGAGGCAACUUUUGGAGUGAAUCAUUUAGGUCACUUCUUGCUUAUUAAUUUAAUGAUUCCUCUCUUUGAAUCUAAUGACAAUUCUGUAAAGAGAAGAAUUAUUAUUGUGAGUAGUGAUGUUCAUGAUCCACAGGCAAAAACAGGAAUGCCCACUCCACACUAUCAACAUCCUCGUAAAAUGGCCUAUCCUUUUGAUGAUUAUCAAGACGACAAGAAUGCAUCUCUAGAAUUGUUGAAGAACCCUGGCCACACGGGUCGUGUCCGAUAUUCCACCUCAAAACUUUGCAAUCUUUUGUGUGGCUAUGAACUUGAACGGAGAUUGCAGAACUCCAUGAGUACCAGCAGUAGUACACAAUCAAAACCUGCAUUUACAGUCAACAUGUUCAAUCCAGGCUUUGUCCCUACGACGAGCUUGGCUCGGGAUUACCAUCCUGCUCUGGUGUUCAUUGCACAUCAUGUUUUACCUCUCCUAAGUUAUGUAACCAGCAAGAUCCGAACGUUGCAUGAUUCUGGCUCGCAUUUGAAGAGGCUCGUCGUAGACCCUUCACUGGAACAUGUAUCCGGAAAGUAUUUUGAUGGAGAUACGUUGAAAGAAUCCACCAUGGAGUCGCAUGAUCGUGAGAAACAACGAGAAUUGUGGGAGGAAAGUAUCAAGUUGAUAUUGGAAAAAGCAAAGGGAACUCUUGAUGUUAGUGCUUUCUUGUGA